GAGGAGGAGGGGAUAGCCUAAGAGGAAGGAAACGGCGAGGGCUUCAUCAACAGACAGGGGAGUCUCUUGUCAGGCUGAUAGAAGGCUGGCUAUAUCAAAUGAAAGCCUGACACGGGAUACGCCACGGAAAUCUCUCUGGCUGAGAUAACCUCGUCGACGUUUACAGAAAAUCAUUCCAGCGGCUGGAGAUCCAGAUGUUUACGUAAAACAAGCUGUCAAUCGUAUUCGUGGAACUGGAACUUUCAUCGCAUUUUGAUUCUCUCUGUGCUGCUUGGGGGGGUGGCUACAACGGUGCCACAUUUAACUCGUUUGCGUCACGCUUUGGAGUUUCCUCCCUGGUUAGACAUUUGGCGUUUGCUGAGGUUUUGAGACCAAAACCGAAAUUCCAGACCAUUUUUGGCUGGUGGGCUAAAACUGCGUUCUCCGAUGGGUUACAUGGCGUGCGUUUGAUCCUGGGGUGUGCGCUGCGCGAUGGCCGCGUCGGGCGGACGGAAGAGCGAGAAGUUGGAUGAGGCACAGGCGUUGGCCCGGAGCUGCGCGGGGAGACCGGACUUUCUCCCGUGCGACGGACUGUCCAUCUGCGCAACACACAGCCACGGGAAGUGCUUCAAGCUCCACUGGUGCUGCCACUUGGGAUGGUGUCACUGUAAAUAUGUGUACCAGCCGAUGACCAACGUGUGCCGCCUCCCCAGCACCCCAGUGCCUGCCACGCCCACAGACCACCCCCAUACCAUGGACCUGACAGUCUCAUUGGCCGAACGCUUCCUCAUGACCGCCCCCGCCUUCCAAGCCCCGCCCUGCCUGGAGUCGCCAAAGUUCUGCAUCAUCUCAGACCUCUUUGUGGACGACUACAUGGUGAAACGCAUCAAUGGGAAGAUGUGCUAUGUCCAGAGACCUCAACCUUCGACCAUGCCCAGCCCGCCUCAAUCACAUCCCCCUCACCCCUGGUCCAAACCCCACCCCCAACGGACCCCCAGACACCACCCACACCCCCAGCCCAGACCACACCCCCAGGGCACCAAGCCCAGUGCCCUGGGGGACAAGGUCACCACCCCCAAAAUAGACCACUGCUCCUCCCCGUCCAGCUCUGAGGAUUCUGGGAUAAAUGCGCUGGGCGGCCAUUACAUGGAGUCAUGUGACGAGGGUUCUGAGGAAGAGGAGGAAGACGAGGAGGAAGUGGAGGAGGAGGAUGAAGAGUUAAGUAGUGAUGGAGAGUCUAGUCCACUAAGUAUGUGGAAUCAAGAUGAGUGUUCUCUGCUCUCUCCGUCCAAGUCUAUGGUGGAGAUUAUUGAGAAGAUCGAGACAACUGUGUGAGACAACUUGCACUGUCGCGUUGAAAUGGAGACGAUGAGACAGUGAUCUAGCCGGUUCAGCUUAGAGCCACACACACACACACACACACACACACACACACACACUAGCCUGUCAACGUUCCUCUAACUUAUACUAAUCGUACAACAUCAAAACAGUGACCUGUUACCUAUGAACUUUGACCUUUCACCUGUUAUAGCAUGGUUAUCUAUGACCUUUCACCCUGUUAUAGCAUGGUUACCUACGGCCUUUCACCCUUUUAUAGCAUGGUGUACCGAUCGCAUUCUACUCUGGAGGGAUUUCACUUAUCUUUCCAGACCAGGAGUCAGCUGAAAGAACAAGAACAAUGAACAAGAGCACUAAUGAAGGAAUCAGUGAAUGUGAUCUAGUCCAUGACCCAACACACUAAAAGAAGAGCACGAAGUGACCAAACACACU